ACGUAGCCAUUUGGCCGGAAAUAGUCAUCCCGCCGGCAUAACCAGGGUAAGUAACUAAGUUGAAAAUGGUUGUUUGUCGGUUAAUCAGUUGUUCCAAAACCCAAACUUUAGCUCCCUUGAAAACCAUCUUUUUAGCCUUAUCCUGUCUUAGUUUAGUCUAUCUUGUUGUAUCAGUAUUAGUAACUCAAGCACCUAUAUUCGAUAACAUACGGUUAAGAAAAUCAGACUACGCUGAAAUUUCUUCCGAAACAACAAUAAAUCAUGUGGUAUUUGGAAUUACUUCAGCUUCCAAUUCAUGGGAAAACCGGAAGGAAUACGUCCGUUUAUGGUGGAAACCAGAACAAAUGAGAGGCUGUGAAUUUCUCGAUACAAUGCCGCUACAGCAGAAUGCUGCUAAUUCUAAUCUCCCUCCUGUAUGUGUGUCGGAAGACACUUCACGGUUCCGGUACAGUUUUAGAGGAGGUGAUCGGUCUGCAAUACGCGUAGCACGAGUUUUGCUAGAAACUGUGAAUUUAAACCAUUCAAAUGUGCGGUGGUUUUUUCUCGGUGACGAUGAUACCGUGUUCUUUACAGAAAGUUUAGUGAAAACACUGUCAAAGUAUGAUCACAAGCUGUGGUAUUAUAUCGGGUCUAUUUCGGAGACGUAUGUACAGAAUGACAAUGACUUAUCUUCAUUUGAAAUGGCUUAUGGUGGAGGUGGUUUUGCUGUAAGUUACUCUCUUGCAAAAGUUUUAGCUAUGGUUUUGGAUUCGUGCCUGGAUCGCUAUCCUCAUCUUUAUGGAAGUGAUGCUAGGAUUUACUCUUGUCUAGCCGAGCUCGGCGUUGCCCUGACUCAUGAAGUUGGAUUUCAUCAGGUUGAUCUCCGGGGUAAUCUGUUCGGGUUACUGGCCUCGCAUCCUUUAGCGCCUUUGAUAUCUCUUCAUCACUUGGAUAAAGCUGACCCUAUAUUUCCCAACAAGACAAGGCAUCAAGCGGUGGCACAUUUACUAAAAGCUGCAACACUAGACCCUCAUAGAGUAGUGCAACAAACAAUUUGCUAUGACAACAUGUUUUCGAGAACCAUAUCGAUUUCUUGGGGUCAUGCUGUUCAGAUAUUUGAAGGUAAUCUUCUUGUUCGGGAUCUUCUUCAAGUUAGGAAUACGUUCAAGCUACGGAGGAAAGAAAACAUAUCGAACACGGAUUUGUACAUGUUUAAUACUCGACAAGUUGAUAGUGAUCUAUGCAAAAGACCCACAAUUUUCUUUCUGGAAAGUUUAUCGACAAAUCCCAGUACAAACGAUCCUGUCAUUAAGAGCAUUUACAAGAACAAUGGUGUUGGGAGCUGCUUGGAAAAGAAGGAUCUGACAAACAAACUGCAAGAAAUCCGAGUGUUGGCACAUAAGCUAGACCUCCAUAUUAAACAGCUGGAAGCACGGAGACGGCAAUGCUGUGAUGUCUUACCUUCUUCGUCAGAUGACAAAGUUCUCAAUAUUGUUAUUAGAGAAUGUGGAGAAGAAGAAAUAGCUUACAUGCACCCAUAAAACUCUCAAAAAAUUACAUGCUGACAGAAGUAGCCGUGGCCACACUACAAGAUAUCAUAACCAUGAUAUUUCUGAAAACGAUGAUCUCUGUAGGUUUUCCAAGAUAGCCUGAGAUACUCAGUUGAGUCCAAUUGUCUCUUCUAGACUUUUAGUACUAAAAAUUUCAUAUGCUUUGUUAUGAUCCUGAAAUAUCCACUACUUGACCACUGCAACCCUCAGCGUAAUAUGCAUGGCUAGCCAUCCACUUCCGAAAAUUGGAAGGGAAAUUUAGGAAUAUGUCCCGAUUCACUAAUUAUAAUAAUCCUGAUUGUCCCGGAUUCACUGAUUGUCAUCUGAUUGCAAGGUCUCAUUUAAGGAGGGUGGGAUAA